CAGAGAUAUCGGAUUCUUAUCUCAUUAUACAUGAUAAGCGAUCUUCAGCCAUCUCAACCCUUGCUUUUUCAUGCAAAACCAUUUGCAGUCGUUUUCGGUCAUCAACAGCUAUCAGUCAGUCAAUCACCCACUUCCACCACCCUUCUGAGUGAUCCCCCCUCCCCUCCCCAUCCCCACCCCUUCUCUACAUAAGUGCCUGGGGACUUCUAUCUCACUGUAUCUGAAGAAGUGUGCAUGCACACGAAAGCUCAUACCAAAACAAAAACUUAGUUGGUCUUUAAGGUGCUACGGAAGGAAUUUUUUUAUUUUACUUCGACCCAGACCAACACGGCUACCUACCUGUAACCAGCAUUUUCGUGUGCUGCUCUGGUUCGCCAGAAGCAGCUUUGUCAUGCUGGCCACAUGACCUGGAAGCUGUACGCCGGCUCCCUUGGCCAAUAACGCGAGAUGAGCGCCACAACCCCAGAGUCAGUCACAACUGGACCUAAUGGUAGGGGUCCCUUUACCUUAUUUAAACUGGCAUAUGUAGGAUUAAAGGCAGCUUUGAUUGUCAUCUUUGAUGCCCAUCCUGAAACAUCCAAUCUAAGGAGGAACCACUUUACACAACAAAAGACAGAUUCUGCAACAAAUGACCACACAUUCAAUUGCAGGGUAACCAUUCCAAGUUUUUAAAAAUAGCACUUAGGUUCUUUCUAGCUCUUCUCUCUGACAUGCAGCACAUUUAUUCUUAUACUUCACGGCAUGAUAUAAUCAUAUAAUAAUGUGCUCUGUUAAUACCCAUGAGGCAAUGUGCAUUGAAUAUGUUUUUUGUAUACCCUAAAUAAUAUAUAACUAGUAUGAUUUACUCAUUUUAUAGAAGUAGAACUGAUCAAAUAUGAAAAUAAUAUAAACAUUGUGUGUGCACAUGCUUCACUUUAUUUUAUCACAGGCAUUUGUAAAUAAAACUAGAUAGCUUCAUCAAUCAGCACUCCAGCUCACUCAUCAGUGAGAAUUAAUGUGCUGUAUUAAUUGAUUCCAGUGCCAAAGUGAUUUCUUAAUCUUUAAAUGUAGUGAUUCCUGGUAUCCUAAAGCAUACAAAAUCCAUUUGUAAAGCGACUCUUGAAAAGCUCAACUGGGAGCAAAAUCCUUGGUAAAAGUAAGGAAAACAGAUACACCUUAGCAUUUAGUGGAGGUCCAGCAUCAAGUUCAGUCAAAACCUCUCAAGCAUGUGGUGGUUUAACUUAACCCUUUAAAUGACAGACAAACUUUUACUAUGUCAGAGCCGUUGAUAUCCAGCUAUAAUAAAUAUACUGCCAAGAGUUCAAGGGAAAGGAAUUAUCAGGUUCUGCAAAAACCUGUACAAAAGUGGUUGUUUGUUCCUCCUUCUACUCUCAUACUCUAUAAGUCAAUCAUUCAUUCAAGGAUUGUAGUAGUCAGACUGCAUUGAUAUAUUUAUGUAACAAAUACAUGCCUUUUUGAUUGCAUGGUACAUUUAACCUUUUAGGAGUCCAAUUCAAAAAUAAUGGGCCAAUACUCCCAUGGAAGCCCAACCUACCUCGUCUGUUCACAUUCUUGCAAACUCCUGCCCCCUUUCUGCCAGGGCACCAAUGCCUGCUCUCACACCAUAGAGUAGAGACAUCUGCAUCUGAUGGAGCUGGCUAGGCUGGAAUGUAGCUCCAUCUCAGCAGUUUCCUUUGUUCUCUGCUGUCUAGUUCUUUGUUUCAUUUCCUUAGAUGGCACAUGUCCACAGAGGCAUACCUAGGUUUCCUUGUGCCCUAGGCAAUAAGUUGUAUUGGUGCCAGCCCCACCCCUUGCUCCCUUAGCAAGGAGCUGUAUCCCCAGCAGGCAGUCUCCUAGCCACUCCAAACUAGAGUAGAGAGGCAUGAUUUUUAAGCCCCCCCCUUCGCAGGGACCAACCUAGCCAACCCCUAGUGAGGCAUUGGGUGGUGGGAGUUGAGCAAGUUAUGCACUGGGUGCUAGCCCACUGCAGAAACCCUUGGGCAGGGGUAGCCAAUGUGGUGCUUCCAGAUUGCAUCUCCAAUUGUCUCUGUACUUGGCAGAGUUGGAAUUCAGCAACAUCUGGAGGUCAUCCUGUUGGCUAUACUUGCCCUGAGGUGGGGGGCCUCUGUGAAAGGCCAGUGUCCAGACACAGCACAAUAUGGAGUCAUUGCCAUGCUUGCCUGACACAAGCGACCUGGAUGGAUUCAGCUACUGAAUGUGGUUAAGGUGAUGGGUAUAGGAAUCCCUGGUGGUGCUGAUAUUUGCCCCAGAAUGGAGCACUUGGAAUAAUUGUUCCUUAGUCUAAAGUGGGUUCUCUGACUGUAUUGCUUUGGCUGGUACUUGGUUGACCUUGCGUGGUCCAAAUGCUGGUAGUUUGACCACUUCCCCUAUUUUGGAGUCAACUGGGGAGCCUUGCUGAGCAGUUACAUGCCCCUGGCCACCUGCUAGGAUUGAAGAGGGGGGACUGUCUGGUAGCAGUCUGUAAUUGAAAUAUAUAUUUUUUCAUUUAUAUUAAAUUUAUAUCGCACUCCCAAAGAAAGUUUGGCUCUUUUGGGAGGAAGGUAGUUAGUGAUUAGCACUAACGUGUGCAACUUUGGCGCCAUGCAGAUUUCUUCCAUAGUUUGGUGGGGUCCAGCUCCCAAGCUGCUGUUGGGUCUGUGUUCUACUCUAAGAAGCCUAUUUUGCUUAGAUCAGUGGAUAUUGACAUUGCCGGCUGCUUUCUUGCCUCCCUCUUAGGGGUGUGCACAUUCUCCAUUUUCAGUUUCCAUCCACACAAUGUGUGUGACUGUGUUUGACUGUUAGUGCAUAAUUAAGAAACGAGACAUUUCUGUAUAGACCUUUGCAUGGAAGAAUGUACUUAAAUCAAAUCAGCAUCCUGAACACAAAUGGCUUCCUUUCUGGUUUGCCUUACCAAAGAUAUUCUAAUAUGGCCUUUUUCAACAAAAUGUUUGCUGAGCUAUGAUGUGGUGCACAAGGCAAAGAUGUCUGGCAUGAGGGAGGUAAUAAUUCUUUAAAAUAUGGCAGGUACAUACCAAGUACUUUAUAACAGAAGGCAACUUGUGCAGACUGUUUAAAGCAGAUCAAGGGGGAAAGCAGCAGAGGUUGAGGCUUCUCCGAUGAGUCACUGGGUACGUAGGUCUGACUGGAUUCAUGACCCUGACAUUCCAGUUGAAUUACUAGCUGAAAUGUCUCUGCAGAGCGAGUGAUCCCAGUUGAGGCUGCUUGGAAUGGACACAUGAAUCAGAUGGCUUUAGGCAAACUAUUGAAAAUAAAUGUGAGACUAAAAGAGCCUAGACCUGCCUGAAGGGCAAGACCUUAUCGGCCUGGAUGACUGAUGCUACACCCAUGGACACAGGCAAACUGAUUAAAUCUGAUCCAGACAAGACUGAUGUAAUGAUUACCAGGACCUGUGUCCUGUGGGCGUGGAGGGCUGGGGUUGAGAUUGUGAUGCCUGUUAGCAAUACUUUUUGGUUUCCUUGAUCAUUCAGGCCCACAUCCCCUAUGAGCCCCAAAUUCCAGGUGGCAGUAGCCCAGUGGGUUACUUCAUGGUGCCGGCGGUGGGGUACUGCAACCCUUUGUGUCAAGUGGAGACUUACAGCCAAGCCACGUCUUUUACAGAGUUAUGUGUAAAUUUCCAUUGUGUUGUUUUCAAUCAGUUGCUUGGACUGAAAUAAACAGUGGACAGACAAGUGUGUGUGUCACAGGGGUGGGAGUGCUUUAUACUUUCCCUUUCUGUGUCACUCAUUUUCUCCCCAGCAUUUCCUAUCUUUCCAAGCAACAAUUGCACAAGGUGUUGGGACAGAAUGCACAGACAGGAAUCCUGGCUAUGCAUCAGGUGCAGAUAUUAAAGGUGCAGAUAGCAGGUACUCGAGUGUUUGUUAUCAUGGUGUCUUGGUAUGCUUAGGGAGACAUGGGGAUUGCUAAUGGUCUGGAGGAACAAUUUUAGAUUUCUUCAUGAUUGUGUUGGCAGAACAACUUAGCCUCUACCACUACAUCUCAUUUCAACUGAUUACUAUACAGUACUCAACAAUGCUGGGUUAAAUAAAAUUGUGGAUUUGUCAGCCAAUGGAUCUUGCCUGAAAAAACUGUGCAAGACUUUGUUGUAUUUAUGAUAAGGCUUUAUUGACUUUAGAUAUUUUCGAUUUAAAUAAAUAUGAAAGGAAAUGAGAGAAUAGUGUAUGCUGAUUCUUCUAUUCCUAAAUUUCCAGUUUGGGGAAGAUAAAAUAUAUACGAUUAUAUUCAAAAGGAAGAAGCAACACCUUUGAAUUAAAUCUAAAGGCCACAUUUUCCUUAUCCUUCAGGAACUUCUCGUUAUUUCCUACUUUGUAAUUGUGGCCAGUUUUAACCGCUUGAGGAGGAAGGAACUGUUUUGCAUGUGUCUGUGUUAAACCAAUGUAUUCUUCUUGAGAGGUUUGUUUAAAAAAAACAAAACAAAACAGCCCAACAAGAGAACAAAGAUGUAUCCCUGGCCUUUUAAGGAGCGGAAUGUUUGAUUCAAGGAACAGCAAGGUUAGAUAUACGAUGUAAGCAUGUGACAUUUGUAAACAAUUCAUGAAGCUAAAAUCUAGUAUAUUUAAAAAGCAGGGAAUACAUUUUUAUUUUAUAUGGAAAAACAGAGUGCUUUAAUCAAUUUUCUAUAUAACCUCAGGGUUGACAUUCAAUAUAUAACCUUUUUCAAAGUCAGGCCUGUCAGAUAAUUCAGUAGUUAACAUGAACCAUGUUAUCCACAUGAAAAUAUAAAAAGAGAUCAAGACUAUGCAAAGUCCUCUUUAUUUCUCCCCAUUGUAUGUUAACUACUGGACAAAACCAAUAAUAAUUCUUGCAUAUUUAUCAAGGAGGGAAAGCCUCAUUGAUGCAGUUUUGCAUUUGCUUUCUUCUGCCAAACCCUACUGUCAUAAGAGAACUGAACUAAAAUUGAAAUAAUUUUCAGGGCGUAUCUGUGGUUUAACAUGUAGUACUGUCGUCUUUUUUAGCAUGGUUUUGCUGAUAUGACAAAAAAGAAGCAAUUAAUGUUAAUUUAGUUAGUACUGUAGUUGCAACAAGAAUCCCUUUCCAAGAUCCAUUUAUUCAGCCCAAAGAAAAGAGGCUUUUUUCAGAAACCAACCACAGAAUGGAAAGUGAAGAUUGUGGAUAGCAUUGCCACCUUUCCUACGUAGGGCUUCGGUGCCUCUAAUUCUUAGGUGAGCAUCAUUUCAGGGAACAGAUCUUUGGAUGGAUGAAGUUGGUGGCAUGAAAGUCAUGAGCAGCAUUGUAUCUGGAUAUAAUAAACUUAAAUAUAAAAGAGAGGAAAGGGGAACCCAAGUGCUUGGAAGGAUCUAAAUGGAAGGACAAGGAAAUGGACUUGGAUCGAGGAGCUGACAAGAACUUGGUGUGAGGAAUUAAGGAGGGCUUUUACAUGCUCAGAGGAAAGAGAGAGUUAAAUGACCUUGGUAUGAAAGUAAUGGAUAAUAUGGGUGUGAGAGAAGGGUGCAGUAGUCAAGGCAAGAGAUUAUCAGGGCACAAACCGGAAAUUUGGCAAGGGAGGGCCAAAUUUUGUACAGUGUUGUAAAGGGAGAAGUGGUAUGGCAUGAGUGUGGACCGUACUUGAGGAACAAAGAGAGAGGAAUAAGGGAUAAAAAUAAGGAUACAAUAAAAGAAUAAAUGAGGAGAAAAUGACGGGAAGGAAGAUGAGAACUCAAAAACCACAAUAUUAUUUUUAUUUAACAUAUUUAUAGACCGCUUCACAGCUUAAAAUCAUUGAAAUGAGGUAGAAGAUAAAAAACAAAAUAAGACAUCAUUGUCUGUCUCUCCCACCCCCCACUCCUGGCAGUGUUCUGGUGGUUCUCCUGACCCUCCGAGUGUAUCUGGAGGAGGCACAUAGGGAGAAGGUGGGGGGAGCCCAUUGCACUGACAGGAGUCCUCAUGCCAGCUUCAGCUAAUGGAAUGGGGUACUUGAAUCCAGCCCACAAGCUCUAAAAACAAAACAAAGCAAAAAUCAACCAACUAUAAAAUUAUUGUUAAAAGUCAUAGGGGACACAAACAAUGUGCUAAUGCAUGUAGCCUAGUUACUCUUGCUUGCUCCUCCCCUGAUGCAAAUAGCAUUACAGGCCUAGAUGGUCACAUGCUGCAUCCCCCUCUUAAUUUAUCCAUCCAAUAACUUUCUGCUUUGAACUUUCAAAUAUGAACAGAAAGCCAAUAUGAAUGUUGGAAAUAAUAAAGUGUGGAAUGUCCAGUAGCUGUGAAAAGGGGGAAUUCCAUGUUGGAGAUCAUUAGGAAAGGGAUUGAAAAUAGAACUGCCAAGUAUCACCAUGCAAAUCUUUUGUUGAAAUCGUAGUUUGAAUACUGCAUUCAGUUCUGGUUGCUGAAUCUCAGAAAUGCUACUGUAGAGUUAGAAAAGCUUUGGAAAAGAAGAACCAAAAUGAUUGUGUAGCAUCUGGUUGGUUACUGUAAGAACAGGAUGUUGGACUAGAUGGGCCAUUGGCCUGAUCCUGCAGGGCUAUUCUUACAUUCUUACCAGUUACGUAGUGGAAUGAGGUAAUGAAUUUUAAUGUAAUUGAAAUAUGAUCUAGGGGAUUGAUGCUUCCUUUGGCUAGGAAGAGGAAGAGGAAAACAAAAGGAAGAGAUGAGUAAUUGCCAUAAAGUAGCCAGCAAAUAAGUUCCUACCACCUCUUUACUGUGACUUCUGUUGUUAGCAUUUGGUUGGCUAUCUAGCUUCUACUUUUUAGAAAUGAAUUUCAAAACAAGGAAACAUGCUUUUAAAAUUCUUUCUGCUCCUUUUGAACGUCUCUUUCCUUGGAUGUUCUUUGAAAAGGCGUUUUCCCUUUCACUGCAUAGCAGACUGGACUUGAUCUUGCUUCAGGCAGUACUUUUGAAAUGGGGCGCUCUCCAUCUGCUUUUAUUAGGAAAAUUUCCAUUCCUUUUAGUAAAAAGUUGUGACAGAUUAACUGUUUGUUCCCAUUUUGUAAUGACUGAAAAUAAGAGUAAGAGGGUAAACUACAACGAUGGCUACUAUGGAGAGAGGUAAAUAGCGGAGCUGUUCAGAAAUUGCUCUUAAGAUAGUGUGGAGUAGAAGAGUAUUGACAGGGUGUGGGGAAUAGAUAGAUAACAUUAAGUUAAGAGGCAAUAUUGAUAACAAAGAGAUCCAAUAAGUUAUGCAAGAUGAAUUGGAUGAUCUGUUGAACCUGGAGGAGUGAAAUAAAAUGCAAUACAGUAGUCAUAAAUGUUAUGCAUCAUAUAUUUAUUUAAUAAUUUACACCCUGUUUAAGUAGAUUUGUAUCUGUAUCUCUGUGCGUGUUUUUAAAAUUCUGAAAAUUCUAAGUCACUCUCUUUUCUGUCUGCUUCAAUUUGUAAUUCAGAUUUAUUCUUAGGGGUAAACUAGAGAUUUCCCCCUCCACCCUUUGAUUUAAUCUGCCUCUCCAGAGUGAAUUAAAGCUGCCAGAUUACAGACAAAUAGUUCCUGUUAUAUCCACAAGGUAAGUAUUGGCUCCCACUAGAUGCAUCACCAGAGCUACAGCAGUCCCUUCUGCCCCAAGGCAUCAUGACGGACCAGCUGUCCUACCUCUAAGGGCAAUUCCUCUGUGCAUGAAGUUCUUGAUUGGCUCUUGCUUGAGUUCUGAAGCAAAGUAGUAUUGCUCUAUUUGUCCUGGAGCCUACCUCAUCUGGGGUGCCAUCCAUGCCAUCAGAGAGGAGGGGGAAAGACGUAGUAAAAGAUCAGCCCCCUGGCUCUUUUUACAGCACAGGUCAUUGGGCAGCUGUGGGACCCUUGCUAGAGGGACCCUUAUAGUUGACAUGGGAAUCUGGCUCCUAAUUUGAGCAUGGUAAUUGUACUGUCUAGACCACGCUCUACAGAAACAACUAUUUCCAAUCUUCUUGACAAAAUUUGCAGAUUAUUAAACAUAGCUAAAUCUUGAGCCAUUAGGUAUGUAAAUGUGAAUCACCAUUAGGUACAUGAAUUACAUGUACUGUAUUCUUUGUUUCAGUAACAUCAGAAAAACAGAUGAAUGAUUUGCAGAUUCAGAUACCAUGAGGUCCACAGCACCUACACAAUUAAACACCAAUAUAUUUUCAUAAUGUAUGCUACUUGGUUCCUAUUGUAAUCACUUUCCAGAACAAAAUAUGCAUUGUGAUAGUCUGUUGCAAUUACAGUUCAUUAUAUCAGCAUCUUAUGCUUUGAUCAGUUGGGCGCCGGCAGAGAAAUAACUUAUUUGGCAAAAUAGGGAAUGAAGUAGCGGUGUUGCUGUCACAUGUGAUUAACAUCCAUAUUCUUAAAUUAAUAUGGAGUGCUAUAUUUGUUAUAUGCCUCACAGUGAUUUUGGUUUAUAGGCAUAGCCACCAAAAUAACAAUGCGGGUUGAUAAGAGCCUGGUGUUUUCCCCUGGUUCUCAACUAAGGUUUAUUGCUUGGGAUCAUUCUGAGAACAACAUACACAGGACUGCAACCUGUUGUUGUAUUCAGGGUUUUCUGGACUUGGGGGAACGAUUUCAGCAGAAUAUUAUGGGGUCACAGAACAAAGUAAAACAGAAUAAAUCCACCACUAAUUCACUAUUAUUGUGUCAAUAACUUCCUUUAAAAUGCAGCCUCAGUAAAUAAUAACAAUAACAAUAACAAUAACAACAACAGUUUUUUAUAUAUACCCCGCCCGCUGGGUUUCCCAGUAAGGGCCCUAAGCCAAGGUUUGGUUUAGAAUGACAUGUUAACCUGGGCUUUAUGUUAACAGGGUCAAUUUUGGCAAAUAAAAAAAAAGUUUUGGAAAUCUAAUGAUGCACAAUGAAAAUGAGUGCCCCAAAACAAAGUUAGAGGAAUUUCUCAGUAUGCUAUGCAUGAAACCACAAUACAAUAUCUCAAUAUGGAGGUUGGUGUCCUCCUUUCAUUUCCUUUUUCUAGCUUGUACUUGAGAUCUUUAAAUGUCUGUAUUUGCUAAUUCAUUUUUAUUUUUAAUUAUAUUUUAAAUUAUAUAUGACAAGUAUCUCAUAUGUAUGUAUGUAUUCCAAAUACUUAUAUCCCACUUUAUAACUUUCUGAGGCUGUUAAAGCAGCUUAUGAAAUAUUCUUAAAAUAAAAUCACUUCCUAAUCUAGUGGAGGAAGAUAAAUUACAUGGUGUUCCUAUGGAACCAGGAUUAUUCUUUUCCUUUCCUGGUACCAUACAAAGCAGCAGCUCCCACCAAAUGGGAGUAGGGCUAAACAGCAGGAACUUGCUCAGCUGAUGGUGGAAGAGAUCUUCCCUUGCAUGCAGUUGCUAGGCAGCAGGUCCUCUGGGGUAGAGAUGAGCAACUGGAUCUCAUUCAACCCACAAGUAAGAUUAUGGCCAAGGAAAGUCAGGAGAUGACUAUUGCUCUAGAUUUCCAUUCUGCUUGACUGCUUUUGAUGGCUGGUGGCUACUAGUUGGUGACUACUAGCUACUGGACACCCCACCUGCUUGUGGGAGGGUUGUGAUCAUGCCAACGAGAGAGAAAGAAGUUGUGAGGUUUGGCAAGAUGCAGCCGUUGGUGCGAUAUACACUUGCUUUUGGGAAAUGAUGCCAGCUCACACUGGCUGGGUGUUUGCCUGUCCGCAGAUACUCAACCUCUAUAUUUAUACUGUACAUUGUUUUUAGUAUAAAUACAGGGAAUAGCUGUGGGUUUUAGGAAGAGGUAGUAGCUUAGCAGUAGUACCUCUGUUUUAUUUUCAAAAUGCCAAUUAUCAGUGCUGAGAAAUUGCUUUGCUUUAGGAUUCUCUUGCAAAUCAGUUUUUGAUCAGAAACAACAUGAAUCUGACUCUUUAGAAGGUGUUUUUGUUAUAUAUAUUGUUCUAAAAUUGGUUGUCAUGAUCUGGAAGAAAACAUGAUGAACAGCAGUUGGUUUGGGUACAGUUAAUUUCCAAAAAGUUCUUUUUUGAAAGUGCCCUUUGGGGAAAUUUUAAUACUGGGUUGGGAAUUUACUUUGGAAUGAAAGUUUGCAACAAAAAUAAAAAAAUCCAAAUAAAAAGUAUAUUGUGCAGAUAAUUAUUAACUAAAAAUGUAACUUCUGAAGGGACUAUUUAGCCUUGUCCCACCACACCUGGUGAGUUCCGUAGUGAAGGAUCACCAUGUACUGUAGUUUGUAUUGCUGUAGUGCUAAGUGGGAGGGGAAGCCUCAAGUUGCCUGUUAUGAUCUCAGUGGGUUAUCAGUCAUUAUAGCAGUGAGAUGAAGGCCAAACCUGAAACACCGUACUUUUCCGUGUAUAAGACGAGGGUUUUUUUACUCAAAAAUAAUGUUAAAAAUGGGGGGGGGUCUUAUACAUGGGUAGUGCAGAGGGGGGACGAGCAAUUGGUUGCAGCCAUGAGCAGGAUCUUGUGAUUGGGUGGGUGAAUAGUGUCUGCUGCAAUGGCUGCUUUUUAUUGGCUGCUGCUUUGUCAAUUGUAUGGGUUAUUAGCGGAUGUGGCAAGUGCUGCUUUGGAUUGGCUUCUGCUUCGGCAAUUUGGCGUGUGUUGCUUGCGAUUGUUAGCGUUUGUCAGUUGGGUGAGUUAUUUUUGGCUGGGGAGCCUUUUUGGCAAAAUCGCAAAACCAAGCAGUUUUUCCAACGUAUGACGACCCUAAAACAAUAUCCAAGACUGUGUGGUCCAGCAGUUCUGUAUUGUCUUCAUGCUAAACACAGAAGUAUGUCUCCCAAAGGAAGUUGUUUCACAAUGCAUCUUCAAAUGAAAAUAUAUAUAGCAUAUGAAUUUCAGUUACAAAGGGCAAUGAAGUAUAAACCUAUGCAUUCUUUACACUAUGUAGCAUAAUAUGUCAGUAGGGAACAUUUCCUUUCCCCCUCCUGCUACUCAUGUUUGCAUUCCCCUGCAAUACCAUAGCAACUAUGGGGUUAUGGAAACUAUGGAAGCUGGGGGGAAGAUCUAUGCUCAAUUAGGGAACAACUGAGCCAGGGGACCAGGAUUCAAACAUCCACUUAGCCAUGAAGGUCACUGGUUGUUCUUGGGCCAGUCACUGUCUCUCAGUCUAACCUAUCCUGCAGUAGGGUUCAGUAGGGUUGCUGUGAAGAUAAAAUGAAAAGUGAGAGAACCGUGUAUACCGUGUUGAUCUCCUUGGAGGAUAUUGAUGUAAUAAAUAAAUACUAUUCCAUCUAUAUUGCUGUACAGUCAGACACGCUAGAAGACCCUGGCUGUUAGGAUCAAAGGGAGGAGGAGUAAAAUGAGAACAGAACUGGGGGUUGAAUGAGGAAAUCACCUGCAUGCCACAGAGAACAGGAUAGACAGUAGUGAAUACUCUGCCUGCUCAGUAUAGGAAAGAAAUAAAGAAAGAGUUUUGAGCUAUAGAGUGGUAGGCCCAUGAUUUUGUGUUAGGGUUUUUUUUAAAGCUAGAAAAGCAGUUUAGUAGUGGUGCAGUAUAAGCUGUCCAGAGAAAGUGUAGAUUUUCAUUGCAGAUUUACAAAAACUAUGUGGGAGCAAAGGGGGCACUAGGCAGGUGUUUGAGGUGCUUUAAGUAUAGGAUAUCCUGUGUUUGUUUAAUGGGUACUACAUCACUCUGAUUCCUUGAAAAUCCUGAUCUUACUGAAAAUGUGGUUUUGUUGCCAAAUCACUCUGUUCAUCCUGUAGAUAUCUGGAUAGGGAGAAGUAUUACUCUAAAAUGAAUUCUGAAUGUAGAACUUGUAUUCAGACAGAGUAUUACUUUGUUAAUUGAUUAUAACAAAAUGUAUACAGCACUUGAUAGUAGAAUUUGCAGGAAAUACUAAAAUUAUCAAUAAAAAUAGCUGAAAACAUUUAAAAGUAAUCAAAAUUAACCGUGAAAGAAAGUAAAAUACACCGGCAUCUACGUGUCUGGAUAAGCUUAUCUAAACAAAAGUGUAUUAAGCAAGUACUGAAAAGAGUAAAGUGAAGGUGUCUGUCUGAUAUCUACAGGCAGGGAGUUUCUUGUUUUCCCUUCAGAAUUGCUUUAUUAACUCUGUUAUAUUAAUAAAAAAGAUACUUACCUUGGCAUAUUUUUGCAAUAUGAGUAGGGUUAGGAAGGUGACCUGUGCCCAGUGUGGCUGGAGCCCAGCAACCUGUCUUUAUUGAAUUGUUCAGAUUUUGUUGUGAGUUUGUUUAGUCCAUUGACAUUUUUCUUUGUUGCACGAAAUGUAUUUGGCGUAUACGUUAUAAUUCACUGCCUUUAUCAUAUGCCCUCAUGUGUCACUCCCUGAAAGGGCACUCUUUACCUUGGUGGAAUGAAACAUAUGGGUCACUGGAGACUUAUAAUGAUCUCCUUUGGCAUGACCCUGAAUGGUCAUUUUAGUUAGAAUGUGCAAGACUUUAUAUAUCCCACUUUGUAUAAGUGAACAGAUUGUGAUCCAGGCUUCCUGUGCUGUUCUUUGGGAAAAAAUAAUUGCACUUUUAGUAAUGUUGAAUGGGGUGCAUGGGUUCAUUCAUAUACAUGGUGUAUCUAUCUCUAUAAUCUCUUUGGUUCUUUUGAAAUUUGUAUUGGCUUGGAAUACUUGAAUAUUCGCAGUGAGAUGGGUUUUUUAAAGUUUCCGUAAGGGGUUUUCUCAGAAGUCACAAGUUAUUUUGACACUCUCUUGAUGUGGUUACACGAUUAUGGUUUGAACUACAAAACCUGAUAAAUAAGUACUCUCUGCCCCUUCUCUGGUCUGUAGUGUGUUUAAUUCAUUUGGUGCAGUCAGUUGAGCUCAAUUGAUUUUGGCUUCCUAAAACAAUUGUCCAGUGAAAGAGCGUACAACAGAAAAAUGAAAUAAAAUAAUCUAUUAAACAUUAAAAGCCUCCCUAAACAGGGCUGCCUUCAGAUGUCUUCUAAAAAUCUGGUAGCUGUUUUUUUCUUUGACAUCUGAUGGGAGGGCGUUCCACAGGGCGGGCGCCACCACCGAGAAGGCCCUCUGCCUGGUUCCCUGCAACUUGGCUUCUCGCAAUGAGGGAACCGCCAGAAGGUCCUAUGUGCCUGAACAUGUGCUGCCUAAUCCUAAACAGCAAAUCUUGGAAUUAAAUCUCACCUGGUUUAGUGGGACUGAAUUUUUAGGAAGUUUCCUUAGGGCUGUAACCUGUGGCUAUGUUUCUCAGGGGGCCUCUGGGGGUAAAAUCAAACUGAUGCAUUAGCAGCACUGAAGUGACCUUCCCAAGGCACAAGCCUGGGCACUGUGGGCCACCCAGAUGACACCCCCCCCCCCCGCUGAUGUGGUCCAAAGAAAAGCAGAGCAAUACGUUUGGCACCAGCUUGGCUGCAGGAGUUGAAGGAAGAAGGCAUACAAGGCGCCAUCCAACCAUCUUUGGGACUCCAUUCCACUUUUGUGUAGGGUUUCCUCCUCAGCAUUUUAUUCUUCCGAAGAUGUCACACAAGGCAAUGGAUGUUUAGGAUCAGAUUUCUCCUUCUCCUAGAUGGGCUACCUUCCCAAGUUGAUGGGCCCCAUCUGCCCCUCACUUCCCUCCACAGCAUGUGCAGAAACUGCCUUGUUGACCGUUUGACCCACUAUUGAUCUCAUCGGCUCAAUCCUCUGGAGACUGUUGUCACAUGAGGGGAAGUCCCUAACUCCCUGAGGGUUUGAGACCCAUCGGCUGCCCUCACCUGGUUUAGCCAGCCAGGUGACGCUGUUCCCAGGGUGUGAUAGGGAUUUUAAAAAAUGAAUACAGUGGUACCUCUGCUUACGAAUAACUCUACUUACGAAUGUUUCUACUUACGAAUAGAGCUCCGUCCGCCAUCUUGGAUGUGAUUUAGAUAGGAUUUUUUCUACUUACGAAUUUUUAGAUAGGGUUGCUUAUACUUACGAAUUUUUUCUCCCAAUGCAUUCCUAUGGGAUUCGACUUACAAUUUUUUUCAACUUACAAAUGUGCAUUCGGAACGCAUUAAAUUUGUAAGUAGAGGUACCACUGUAGUUACUUAUAAUGGUUUUUAUAAAUAAAAUGUUGUUUUGAGCCUGCAAAAACAACAUAAAGAUCUAGUUUUGUAACAGUUAUUUGGUUUUCAUUUUAAAACGUUUGCACCACUGACAGUUUUUCUAAUUAAGUAAUACAUGGAAGGUUGCAUUUGUCUUCCCCUGGAAGUGAUUUUUAAAUAUCAACCUUCCUUUUUCUGUUUCUUCUUAGUCACAGUUUCCUUUUCUCUGCACCACAGACACUUACUGUUGUUGAGUUCUCUUAUUUCUCUUUCAUUAAGAGGGCAUCACAGCACUUAUUCUGCUUUUCUGUCUUUUGGAAAACCUGUCUCUUAAGAGGAGAUGAAAAAGAAAAGGGGGCAGCUCUCUGCCUAAUAACUGAGGCUAACAUUAGUCUCUCAAAACAAACCUUUGUUCUGCCAAAUGGGAAAAGGCAAACUAAUAAUAACAGUUCAAAGCAUAGCAUUUAGUAAAGGUUAACAUUUACUUGCUUUUUCUAGAAAAGCACAAAUUUGAUAAGUACAGUUCAGACAAUGAUGUUACUUAACGGGCAUAAAAGUAAUGAAGUUUAAUAUCUCUUGUUGUUGUUGUUUAGUCAUGUCCGACUCUUCGUGACCCCAUGGACCAUAGCACGCCAGGCACUCCUGUCUUCCACGGCCUCCCGUAGUUUGGUCAAACUCAUGUUGGUAGCUUCUCUACACACUCAUAAAUAAAUAUCAUCCUCAUCUUACACUCUUAACAUACAGAAAAUGAACUGCGUGCUCAAAAGGCCAUUGGUGCAGCCUUUAUAGAAGUGUACUAUUUCAGGUGGGGGAACUCCAUAUCUGAAUGUUUCUUUAAAAGGAAUAUUAACUUCCCAGCACAAAAUUUGCAAGGCAAGGAGGGCACAGUAGUGAUGCAGGAUGUGGGACAGAUUCAUAUAGCUAGGUAAGCAAAAUGCUAAAAAGUGUGGUUUUCUUUCAUGUGGCAAUGUCAAAUGCAUCUUUCAAUUUUGCUGACAAAUAGCCAGCAAUCAAAUAGCACUUUUUGGAAAGGCAAGAACUGUGAAACACAGUUUCCUGCUUCCACCCUUUUGAAAAUAGUACCCCGAGCUUUAGUCAGAUGUUUCCCCAUUGGUUUUUGAACGAGUUUUCAGUAAUUUGCUGUGUUCUGCUGGUCUGUACUGAUCUUGCCCACUCUCCUCCCAUCCUGUUGUCAGUGGGCGGGUCUCAGUAGUGAGCAAUAUUCAGUUACACUUGCUUGACAUACUCAAGAGCUUUUCUGCUUCCUGUUUCAGUGGAGCACAAGAGCUGCCUUAGAUAAUGCUAUCAGAAGCCUAGCACAGCAACAGGAGCACACUUUGAUUUCCCCAGCAGCUGCAUGCCAGAGAGAGGCUGCAGAGGGAAGACUUGGUUUUGCUGUCAUAGCUGGUAGACCAACAGAAUCAGCUGUGACAUCCGAAACUGCUGCUCCUUCAGCCACAAUGGUGGCAAAGGAUUAUCCAUUUUAUCUCACAGUCAAAAGAGCAAACUGUGGACUGGAAGUACAGACAGCGAGCAUCUCAACAAGAGAAACAGAGGAGCCCAGUAAUAAGCGGGUCAGGCCUCUUUCUAGAGUGACAUCACUAGCAAGUUUAAUUCCUCCUGUUCGAGCAACUCCUUUGAAACGAUUCGGUCAGACGCUUCAGCGUUCCAUCAGUUUUCGCAGUGACAGUCGGCCAGAUCUGCUUGCCCCAAGACCCUGGACUAGAAAUGUACCCCCUGCUAGCACCAAGCGAAGAGACAGUAAACUUUGGAGUGAGACCUUUGAUGUUUGUGUCAAUCAGAUGCUCACAUCCAAAGAAAUCAAGCGGCAAGAGGCAAUUUUUGAACUUUCACAAGGAGAAGAAGACUUGAUAGAAGACCUGAAGUUAGCAAAGAAGGCUUACCAUGACCCAAUGCUUAAACUUUCCAUAAUGUCAGAGCAAGAAUUAAACCAAAUAUUUGGGACACUGGACUCUUUAAUUCCUUUGCAUGAAGAUCUUCUUAGACGGCUAAAAGAAAUUAGGAAGCCUGAUGGAUCUACAGACUGUGUUGGUCACAUCCUUGUGAGCUGGUUGCCUUGUCUAAAUUCCUAUGAUAGUUACUGUAGCAACCAGGUAGCUGCCAAAACUUUGCUGGACCAGAAAAAGCAGGAUCACCGGGUGCAAGACUUCCUACAGCGUUGCCUAGAGUCGCCUUUCAGCCGUAAACUGGACCUGUGGAAUUUCCUUGAUAUCCCAAGAAGCCGUCUAGUGAAGUACCCGCUACUGCUUAGAGAGAUUCUGCGACACACGCCAAACGAUCAUCCAGACCAACAGCUCAUUGAAGAAGCUAUUAAUAUUGUCCAAGGAAUAGUGGCAGAAAUCAACAAAAAGACAGGUGAAUCUGAAUGCCAGUAUUACAAAGAGAGGCUAAUCUAUCUUGAUGAAGGCCAAAAGGACUCCUUGAUAGGUGAUUCACGUGUCGUGUGCUGUCAUGGUGAACUAAAGAACAACCGGGGAGUGAAAUUGCAUGUAUUUCUCUUCCAAGAAGUACUGGUAAUUACUCGAGCUGUUACACAGAAUGAACAACUCUGUUACCAAUUGUAUCGGCAACCCAUCCCUGUGAAAGAUCUUGUGGUAGAAGACUUGCAAGACGGAGAGGUGCGAUUGGGUGGAUCCAUACGUGGUGCAUUUAGCAACAAUGAGAGGAUUAAAAACUUCUUUAGAGUCAGCUUCAGAAAGGGAUCUCAAAGCCAGUCUCACUCACUGCAAGCAAAUGACACCUUCAACAAACAGCAGUGGCUCAAUUGUAUCCGUCAAGCCAAAGAAUCAGCCUCUUGCGCAUCAGGCGAAGUCCGGACACUUGAUUCUGAAGUCCCCUUACUAACAUCAUCGAGUACAUCAUCAAGUAGGAACAGAAUACCCCGUCAGGAAUCUAAGCUUGAGCAAAUGGACCAAUCAGACAGUGGGUCUGACUGUAGUAUGGACGUCAGUGAAAUCAGCAUUGACUGUGACCACAUGGAGCAGACAUACCCUUGGGAAACUGACAAAGAAAUAGAAAGCAAUGUCUGACAACAACCGCAUAGUGGUCUUCUGUGUCUUACCUGUACAGUAUUUGCAUUCCAUAUAUGGAACAAGAAGCACUUUUUAAUAUUUUUGUCACAAUGUCAACUCAGUCUCUAUUAUAUUUGUACCUUUCGACCAUAGUACUGUAACUGCUGGUGUGCGUAUUUUGAUAUGGCAACUAUAAUCCUGUGAUAAUUCUGUAAACGUCUCUGUGGCUAAGAGAGGUACUUGACCAAUUAUUUCCAAUGUCUUGCUGGUAGAUAUGACCUCUAAACUACUGUUAUUAUGCAUAUUACAUACAAGAAUCUCUGUUUUAUAAAGUGCCCUAUUUUGACCUCUCACAAGGCAGCCACACACAAGGACAUGAACAAAGCAUUUUAAAGUUAUCACAUCCAGAAAUUGUUUGUGAAUGAUGUGUGCAGGUUUCCAAAAAGCUUGAAAGACUAAAAUUAAGAGUCUCAUUGAUUAGUGACUUUCAUAAUCUUAAUUUAAGAGUUAUGGCCAGUGCAGAAUAUAUAUUUUCUCAGUUCACAGAUGCAAGCUAAAAGGUCAUUUGAAAGUAAGUUGUGUGCCAGUGCUGAAUCUUCAGAUGAAAAUUCCAACGUUUAUAUGAUGGUGUUUUCUGAUAAUCGGAUGGUAGUUUACCUACUGUCCCAUUUAGAAUAAAGCAUUAAAAGAGUAAAGAAGCUGAAACAUCCAAAUACUUUGUUUAAAUUGCUUUGUUUGUUUUGUGUAGCCCUUUCUAUGUGCACAGCCAGGCAGUUUGUAUGCAAAAUGCUGCUUCUAAAAUAUUAACAUUUUAGACCAAACUGCGGGAGGCAGUGCAAGACAGGAGUGCCUGGCGUGCUCUGGUCCAUGGGGUCACGAAGAGUCGGACACGACUAAACGACUAAACAACAACAAAUGUUAUACUGCCCUCAGGAUAGCCGUUAUGUGAUGUCUACAAAAAUAAGCCUUUCUUCUGUCAUCCCAAUUUUUUCUCCAGCAUACACUGCCUGCUCCCUUUUGUGGUUCACAGAUACAGACACUUCUAUUAAAAAACCUGUAUGGGGAACCUCUUCAGCGUCAUCCUCAAGGCCAGAAUUGACAACAAAGCCAAGGUGGGCUCCCCAGACUUCUGUAACAGGUUUACAGAAAGUUAGGACUGGGACUAUACCACAUGCCAUUAAAAAUGUCAAUUUCUCAUUGGCUCUGUUCAGAGAAAUAACCUCCAUGUUAUUUGGGUGUGUUCUGGCUUAAUUAUGAUUAAAAUAAGGGGUGACUCUAAAUUCAAUUUAAAACUAUGGUUUGCAAUCAUUUUUCUAAUGCAACCCACCAAAGGAAUUUUGCUUAUUCAAGAAUCAGCUACAAACUCUCUCUCUCUCUCUCUCUCUCUCUCUCUCUCUCUCUCUCUCUCUCUCUCACACACACACACACACACACACACACAGCAUAUUUCUAGAUUCAGGUAGGUAGCCGUGUUGGUCUGACGCAAUCGAAAUAUAUUAAAAAAUAUAUAAAAUGUCCAGUAGCACCUUAGAGACCAACUAAGUUUGUUCUUGGUAUAAGCUUUCGUGUGCAUGCACACUUCUUCAGAUACACUGCAUAUUUGUUUCUAAUGACAUCUGCACACAGCAUUCACUAUUACUGCAUCUCUGGAAACCCACACCUCAAAACUGUUUGACCCACUCUUUCAACUUACUGGUCUGAAAAUUACAUUUGACUAGCUUGGCACCCUUAAAGUAAGUAAAAUGUCAAUAAAAUUUGUACUUAUGAAUCAAACUCUAAUUUCAAAUGUAAGGUUGAAUAGUACAGUACUGUAAUGCUGAAUUUGACCCUUUCUAAAGAGGGGUCCUGAAAUUUGCAACCUAGUGCACUGAAAUGUUCUCUGAUACCACUAUUUCCAUUUUCUGCACAGUGUAGAGUCUAACCUCAGCACUGCAGAAGCAUUGAUAUUGCCAAAAUGCAUACUUCAUACAUUUUACAUGUUUACAGAAAAACUGUAAGAGUAAAUAAGAUGUCAAUUUGAAUUUGUAAAUGUGUACUGCUGUGUUAGAGGAAUCAUUGUGGUGAGAUAAUAGAUAAAAAAGCAGGCUAAUACUUAUAUUUUUUCAAACAAAAUUAUGGCCAAUUUUACUCUAUUGAACAUAUUUCUAUAUGUAUAGGUUUCAAAUAUUGUUGUUUUCUAUUUCAGGCUUGUAAUUUAUUUUAAUUGCUUCAUUUUGGAAGUUGAGUAUUAGCCAAUCCAGAGUAGGUGGAAGUAUUUUUCAAAAUAGAAGGAAGUAGAAAGUAUAUUAGGAUGUGAACUACUGAAAUGACAAAUACUUGCCAAAAUGUUGGAGAUACUGUGUAAUGUCUUCAAUUCUUAAAAAUAAUUGAUGUAUUGAUUAAAUCUCUUUUUUUGCAUAAUAGCCUUACACUGUUCUCAAAGCAUUUCAAAUAAAUUACACUGAACUGUC